GACCACUGCUCUGAGUUGUCUUUUAGUGCAGUAACUGGAACAUGCUUGGGAAAAUGACAUACAUGCUGGAACUACUGAGCACAGUACAAUUUGGAUAGAGGGUUGUGGUCAGGGGAUUUAGCAUGGAAAACAUAGUCUUCCUAAUCCAUUACAAGAGAGCAAUGCACUGAACAUUCCCAAGUAUCUGACUCACUUUCAGAAAAAUCGGUCUACAUCUGAUUGAAACAGGACCCCAGGCUUUGGCAUGGAGGAAGAAAAAAACAAACACACUUCAAAGGGAUUGUUUGAGGGAGUUCACUUUGAGCUAUGGAAAUGGAAAUGUCCAGCAUUCCUCAAUGAUAAUUGCUUAACUCAAAAAGUGCAGUAAAGCUUAACUUCAAUUACUAGGAAGGCUGUAUACCCAAUACAAUUGUUGCCUACUUACUGUAAAAUAUUUUUAUUUUUAUUAUUUCUUUGCUGGUAUAAAAUGCAUAAGGCCAAACUAUGCCAUAGACAUUCCCUUCAAAACCUGUUUAGAGAAAGGCUUUUGCUAAUUUCCUAAAAUGUUCUAAACAAAGUCAUAUUAUUUCAUAAACUAAAGUACCAAUGAAUAAGUCUAAAAUUGUGACACUGCUAUUGAUACAACAGGCCUAGUAGAAACGCCAUAUUCCAUUCAUUUGUAGUUAGAAAAUUACACAUUAAAGUUUGGCACAUUAAUAAACUAAUGGGCUUUUCUCAUUUGAAAUCGGUAACCCUGGGUUAUUCUAAAAACCCUGGGAAAACGGAAUUCUGGUUUAUCCUGUUUCAUGUUUCACACUGUUCAUACUUUACCCAGGGUUAAUAAUCAAUCCUGGGUAUUGUGUUCUGAUGUUUCACACUGUACAUUCGUAUACCCCGGGUUAACGUUCUUAUUUGCGUAUUUAAUGCAGCUCGCGACAGACACGCAACAUGUCAAUGGAGUUGCUCUGCUAUGUCGCCAAGGAAAUUAUCUCUGUUUGUCUUUUGUAUUCUGAAAUAUGCCUCGAAAACACGGAAUACUGUCUCUUCAUCAUGGCAGUUAUCGCGUUUGCCACCACUGUUCCACACUUUACCGGUUUCUCUAAGACGGAGAACGUCGAAACAGCGUGUGAAAGUUUCAGCGACUUUACAAGGCGCAUGAAUAUUUCAUGAGGUAAGUACUGAGGCUUUAUUUGAUUGGUUGUCUGUUGCUAAACAACUUUCUUAAGCAUUCUAACACCGCGCCAUUUCACACUGUAUACAUUUGGCACCUGCUCCGGUGCAGGGUUUCAUAACCCCGGGUAAAAAGCGGUGCUAACCCCCUUUCAAAAUUAAAAGUGCGAAACGUUGCUUUACCCGGGGUUUAAAGCGGGGUUUAGAAUGAAGAUAACCGGUUAAGCGCAAUGUGAUACAACAAAUAAAAUAUAGCGGUAUCUCACGUAUGUUAGAAUUGUUGUGUGAUGUUAUGAACAGCCCUAUGUUCACACUUCGCAUUGAAUUUGACCUGUGUGUGCGUGCGCGCGCGCGCGCAUUUUUAAAUCCAGGUACAUCGCAGCUCAGUGAUUGACAAUUUCCUGGAGGAAGGUACCGCCCUUAUCAUGUGAAAUUUCCACUGCUUGGAUUCAGAUUGCUCUCGAUGUCUCUCACCUUUGACGAACACGCUGUUCACCCCACACAAGCUGUGAGAAGGUCACAGUCUUGCUAUACCGGAAUACUUUACUAAUUUUUAACUACUUUUAUUUACACUUAAGAGGAGCGAGCAUUACAUAAAAACGAGGUAAGAUAUUUGCGGCACAAUUUUGCUCGGUUAAAUAUUGGUUACUCAGCGCAAGACUGUUUAUGUUUGUUCAUCAUAGGCUACAACCUUGAUAUGAGACCCACUCAGUUAAUUUAAAAUCUUUCAAAGAGUUCGCUAAACAGUUUACGUAUUAAGUCCACGUAAUUAAUUGGUUUCUAAAAGAAACGAACAGAAAAACGCUUGAAAUAUAGGCCCACCGCUGUAGCGUUUAGACUGCACUGUUCGCUGAAGCAUCUCCGCUGUAUAAUGAGCGAAUACCUUAAAUUAUUAUUAUUUUCUUUUCUUUUUUUUUUUUAUGUUUAUUUACUGGGUUCGAUGUGUUUACAUUUAGACUACUUUAUAAUAAAUUGUGGUCGGGAAAUAGUAUAGAGCUCAUUCAGGGUAGCGCCAUAUUUUUAUUGACGGGACAGGAAUGAAAACGAGGCUGUGAGGAAUGACUUUGGUAGCCUAUGUAGUUUUUUUUUUUUUUUUUUUCCCUUACUCAUGCUUACUGGAAUGUUUUUUCCCCCAUCAGCUGAAAGAUCAACACCAAUUUAAAGAGCUGUUCAACCUAUUCAAGAGACUACUCCUAUCCCUCACAGCCUCGUUUUCACUCCCAUAAAAAUAUAUUAAGGAGCUACUCUGAAUAUGGUCUAGGUAUUAUUGACCUACAAUAGCAUGGCUGUGACAAUCACAUCAAACUCCUUACAAAGGAGCACUAUUAUUUUAAAAAAAUACACAAGUAUUUUGGCCCAUUUUUAAGAUUUAUGCAUUUCAAACAAAACAAAUUUUCUAGAAAAAAUUAUAUCAUAUUGAAUUGAGUAACAUUUUUAAUAUAUUAUUGAACUGAGAAAAAAGUUAUUUAAUUUUGUUUAAAAUUAAUUCAAAUUUUAAUUUGUGUAGACAUUUUACAUUUUCCUACUAUCUUUAUAAUUCUUUAUUUAAAUUCAAUACUUAAAAUACUAUAGUUUACAUGUCAUAGUCUAUUUUAAACACGUUUAAUACAAAUAACAGCAAAAACAUCGCAUUUUAUCCAAUUUUUCUUUUAGCACAGUGUUGAUGGUUCUUCUUUCUAUAAAACAAGUGAAUACUUUACAUGCUUACUGAUACAAUUUUACAGCAUUUUGUCAAAGUCCUUUUCAAGUUAAGUCAGUCCACUUGGUGGCCAUCUUUGGAAUGCUCCUGGGCUGGCUGGGCAGCUAUUCUCUGUGUAAACAUGUGGCAUAAAAGUACAGCUCCUAUCUACUCAAAUGGGGGAAAAGACUGAAAUCGGCAAUAAGGCAUGAUUCAGAGGGAAGAGGUGGUGCUCUCAUUCUUGGGGGAGCUGCAGGAGGCCACAGAAUGUGGUGGCCUUGAUGUCCUCACUAAACUUGCUGUGGAGGUGGAGCAGGUCCUAGCUCCUUUCCAUCUUCCAACAGCACUCUGCACUGAGAUCUCCUCAUGGCUGGGCAUUGACUCUGUAGCUCACAGACUGUAUCCAGCAGAUGCACCAGCUGGUUUACUUCCUCUAGUUUGCAAAGGAGAGGGGAACCUGCUGUUUGAUGCUGCUAGCAUGCUUCUGGUGGGCUCUACCAGCCUGAGCUUGGAGCUGCAAGUCAGGACUGUGGUGGAGAUGCUGCUUUGGAAGCAAUACUACCUAUGUGGUAUGAUCGACUCAAAGGUGAUGCUGCAGGCAGCCAGGUUUUCCCUCUGUGCAGAGGAAACUCAGGAUAUGCUUAAUCUUUCAAUUCAGGUGCUGGAGGCUAUCUUUGAUGCAGAUGUCAAGGCCUCCUGUUUUCCAGGCUCAUUCGCGAACAUGUGGCAUGUGUAUGCUCUGGCUUCUGUACUGCAGUGCAACGUUUAUUCUGUUUAUCCCAUGUACAAUUUAAAGAUUCGGCCCUAUUUCAAUCGACUCAUUCGGCCGAGGACAUGGUUGAAAGACACUGAGCCCUUGACCCUUCACAUCAUGUGGUCAGGUGAACUGGAGGCAGGCUCUGUUUUUAAACCCCACAACUUUGUGGCCUUGAUUCACGCAAGUGACAUCAAAAUUGGAAGUCCCAACAGUGAGCCGCGAAUGCCCCCUGUUAUGUCCCAGGAGCUUCUAAGUCAGGAUUCUCAAAUGACUUACUCCAACCUUAAAGACAAAUUCAACAUCACAAAGAGCACCUUUUACCGGUGGAAGAAGCAAAGCAUUGAGUACCACAAAAAGUCAGUGGCCAGGUAUGAGGCCAAACAUUUUUUCUUGACCUCCUACAAGCAAGGGAAUGUCAUUCCCCUCAGCCAGUUUAAAGAGCUUUUCCCAGAAAUUCCAAGAUCCACAUACUAUGCAUGGAAACAAGAGCUUGUGUCCACUUGGAGCAACUCGGGCAGCUCUGCAGGGGAGCUGAGUCCUGGCGACAGCACUGAGCAGGACUACUGGUCCUCACCAGAGGUCAAGAAAACACCCAGCCACGGGAGCUUUGCCAGUAUGUUGGCAUUUAGAUGUGAGAAAUGGGAAGGUGAACGGGCUCAAAAUGUGUCCUUAAUGCAAGAGGCCAAGAAGAGCCUGCAGAACUGCAUUGUUAGAAAAACCUCCUUCCCUUAUAGAAUUUUUAAAAGAAGGUUUCCUGGCAUCUCCAGAUCCACAUACUACAACUGGAGGAGGGAAGCUAUGUUGUUCAAUCCCUUAAAAGAGCUCUCCUCUCCGGAGGAAAGCUCAGAUGCUGAUAAAACCCAGAGUCCAAGAAGUCUGCUGUCUCCUAAGUUAGAGUGGCGGAAAUUGACAUCUAGAGUGAGGAUCUCCAGGCACAAGCAAAAAAGCCUGAGGCUGGCUUACCUCCAGAAGAAAACAUUACGAGAAGAGGCCAAAAUGCAUGUUCAGAGAAUAUCCUUUAUCAAAUUCAAACUCAAGUUCCCUUUGGUUUCCUCUUUGUUCUACUGGCUUUGGAGACAUUCUUGGAACAGGAAAAUUGAGAAGCCAAUCAUGAAGUCUGAGACGGAGAAAUUUCAAGGCCAGGCUGUCUCACAAAAUGUUACUGAAAAGAUAAGUCAAGGAAUGUUUUCUUUUGAUGAAAACAUAGACUGCCUGACUGGACAGACAGUUACCCUGCCUGAAUUCACACUGCCUGAAUACUCUCUGCCAGACAAGUCCAGGAAUGAACAAAUGUUUGUGAUGGAUGCUGUGGCACUGGCCAAUUUCAAGGCUAAAGCAAAGCUGUUCUUGCAGCAACGCUUUGAAAAAAAGUCCUUUCCCACAUUUAAAGAGUUCAGGUCCUACUUUCCUCUUACGCCUCGCUCCACCUACUACAUGUGGAAAAGGGCUCUGCAUCAUGGGGUACCAUUAGUUCAUGCCUGAAUGUUUGAUAUUUUUCACCACUUUAAAGCUGCCUAUUCAGUAGUGAACAGUCCAAACCUGAUACUACCUGAUGCUUUCUCAUACUUCACUAUGCAAUGUGUUUUUGAGUCUGACAGUGUUUUUGUUUUUUGUUUUUUUUGGUUUUUAAGUUUACACUUGCAUAAUUGCAGUUCAUGCAUCUUAAUUAUUUGUCCCUUACCUUUAUUUGACCACUUGGUUCUAGCUCAAGGACAUUUGCAUUUGUGUCCACCUAAGUCCUGAUGGCCCCCAGGCAAAAGGUAGUUCAAAGACAUUUAUCAGGAUUUUGAAUGGCUCUCUUUGUACCCCCAUCCCCCAACUUUUUACAGUUGAAAUGACUUUUUUUUUAUUUCAUUGUAAUUGUUUUUGAAACUUGAAUACUUUUUAGUUUUAUAGAUUUAUUUCUUUUAUACAUAUAUAUUUUUAUACUGACAAUUGAAUGUUAUCUUUGCUCAGGUAGAAGUUUAUAUGGCCAGGUUAGAAUGAAUUCCUUAGACUUGAAUGUUUCAAAAUCCUAUGAGGGCUUGAUGUUGUUUUGCACAUCAUUUUUGACCACGCAUUUCAAUUCACACAUUUAGUCUUUGUCUUGCUGCUAAUGGUGUAAAUAUACACUUACUGUUCAAGUGUUUUUUUUGUUUUUUUGUUUUUAAGUUCUUUCUAUAGCUUAUGUUAAACUACCUAGCUAGCUUGUUGUCAUCUUCACAGUUGUAGUGUUCUGUAACUUUGUUGCCUAAAGAGUUUACAGUUACCUCCUUUGAUACUUUUGAUUAAUAUAAAAAAAGCAAAUAACCGAUUUUGUUAAUUUUUUAUGCUGAAGAUCUAUUUCAUGUACAAUAACAAAUGCUCUAAAGCAGGUAAUCAAUAAAUUGUUAUGAUUUUCUAUAACAAGGAAGGCAUCAUUUUUCGAAGUCCUCUGUAAUAGCAGGACGUGCUUGUGUUUCAGCAU